CAAUAGACGGUUUAGAUGACCCGUAGUUGUUCCUGAUCAUUAACCAAGACUAAAUAGUUACCUGGAGCGAACAUAAACUAACCAAGCCCACCUUUAUUGACAUGUACUGACCGAGGCCACAAGGUGCGAGAAAUCAAAUAUAAAAUAACGCAGCACAACUAAAAGUGUCGAAUCGUGACUGCAAUCGAAGUGGUUUAUAAUGUGUGAUUAGAUAUAUCCAUUACAACCUGACAACUAAAAUUUUCGAAUUGAAAAAGUAACUGCAAUCGAAGUGGUUUAUGAUGUGUGAUUAGAUAUAUCCAUUACAACCUGACAACUAAAAGUUUCGAAUUGAAAAAGUAACUGCAAUCGAAGUGGUUUGUGAUGUGUGUGAGUUUAGAUAUACCCUUACAAUCUGACAACUAAAAGUGUGGAAUGAAAAAAGUAAUUGCAAUCGAAAUGGUUCAUGAUGGUUUAGUAUAACCUGGCGUGUGAUCAGAUAUACCCAUUAGAAGCUGACAACUUAAAUUCUGAGGUAACCAUAACAUAUAGCUGUUUCAAUGACAAAUAGUAAUUAACCAGGAGUUACAUAGAGUGUAGUAGUUAGUUGUAUUUUACGUCCGCUUCCACCGAGGUGAUAUCGCAGACAAGUAGUUACAUAGAAUACAAUUACUGCUUAUCAAUUAGUGUCCACGGAUUAACACAAAGCACCUGUUUACAUAUGACGUUGACCAUAGUUACGUCACUAAUUAAACCUCAAUUCAAACUGUGAUCGAAUCUGUCUGACGAGAAGCCAACGCGGAGAUUAAGGGAUUAUGUUAAAUACUGUGCUCUCUGGAAUUUAAAUUGGAUCUUGCCGGUAUUGGAGGUGUAAAUAAGCGACUUAGAUUUGUCAUGGAAGUUAAAGUUGGAUUACUGUAUCUAGUAUAGGAGUAAAUACAUGACUUAGAAAAAACACUAUAGUUAAUAAUAUAUACUGGAUCUAAAAUCUGAUCUUGUAGCUAGUGGGGAUGUAAAUAAGUUACUAAGAGAUAAAACACUAUAGGGAACGACCAGUCCCGGAGUUAAUAUUGGAUCUUGUAGCUAGUAGGGUUUAAAAUUUAGUGAUUUAGUGUUGAAAUUGGAUCUAGCGAAGGAUUGUAGUUUUAAAAAAAUUGGAUCUAGCGAAGGCUUGUAGUGUUAAAAUCAGAUCUAACGAAGGAUUGUAUGUAGUGUUAAAAUUAGAUCUAGCGAAGGAUUGUAGUGUUAAAAUUGGAUCUAACGAAGGAUUGUAUUAUUAAACUUGGAUCUAACGAAGAAUUGUAGUGUUUAAUUUGUGUAGAUCUGAUCAACAAAAUGGAAAAUCCUCAAUCCAAGAAUCCCGAAUCAAUGAGCAGCUUUACGAAAAACCAAAGGAUGCUUAUAUUAUUAGCAGUAUUAUCGACCGGAUUUAUCUUUUUAUGGUACAACGAGUAUGUGAUAUUACAACCACAACGACUGGCUGUUGCUUUUAAAUCGAUAGGAUAUGUUGAACUCAAGGGAGAUGACUCGCUAAUGGGAGAGAACUCCUCUUCCAACGCGAAUUCAUCGUCACUACCAACCACUAAAGCGACUGCAGUUCCUGCAAUCAUACAAUCCAAAAAGCCACUUGGUGACACAUCUGGGAAAGUUGUGUCUACAAAUCAAACAAAUAAAAAUACAAUUCGAAAAUCGAAAUAUUAUUCAACGCCCAUGCCCAAAUCUGGUAGCCCUGUGCCUAAAGAUCGGAAGCUUCCCAAAGGAGAACAGAUAGCUGCUAAAAAUCAUAAACCAAUCAUUAACGCGACUGCAGCACCGGCAAUUAUACAAAACAAAGAGGCUACAAAUCAAACAAAUCAAAGGAAGAAAUAUCUGAUUUAUUUGUGUGAUAAUAGUCGGUGGUGUGGAGGUUGGGGGGAUAGACAGCGUGGAAUUGUAACUGUUUAUUUAAUGUCUUUAGCCUACAACAGAACAUUUGGCAUAGAAAUGACGUCACCGUGUGACGUUAGGAGGUUUAUAGAACCAAACCAAACGAACUGGAUAAUCCCACCUCAAGAAUUAGUUAACCGAACAACUAAAACAAUCGACGCCAUGGGCGCCGGACCGCCCAGAUUGGACCAUAACGGAACGAACAACGAAGAUGUGAUUAAAAUUAAAAUAAAUGCAGACGCAGUUAUGCAUUUAAAAAAAAUGUAUCCGAACCAAAUGCCCAAAUAUGUUCAUGGUGUUUCCCGAGCCAUUGUUUUCAGACGGGUUUGGAAACAUCUCAUGAAACCAUCACAACAUAUUAUCGAACAUCUAAAGCAAAUGUCAGGAAAUGAAGACUUGAACAAUCGUACUCAUCAGUUAGUGUGUGCUCAUCUUAGAAUUGGUAAAAGUAAAAAUUUACCAAACGACCCGCCCCGUAUUAAUAUUUCCAGCAUUGACAAAUUGUGGACAUUUUUACAUACUUUUGAAAAUUCCAGUAAAAUAUUUAUUGCUACGGAUAAUGAAGAAGUUCGUGUUUCUGCCAGGAAAACUUUUGGUCCAAGAUAUUUUGAUACUGGCGGGAAAAUAAUCCAUAUAGACAGACAACGCUGGAAUAAAGAGGCGUGUCUAGGAUUUGAAACUACUAUCUUAGACCAAAUUAUUUUGUCAAGUUGUGACGUUUUGGUCAUCAGCCCGAGUAAUUUUAGUGUUCGAGCCGCCAUGUUGAAAACUAUAUUAAAUUCAACGUAUCAGUUUGCGGGACAAGAGGUGAAGUCGCUCUCUCCACAACGAAAACGCCGCUCACUAACGCAAUAUCGAAAGUUUACUCUUGACGUAGGACAUAAACUAUUGGUGGUCUAUGUACUUUGAUGAGAAAGUGUGGGGGGGGGGGGGGUCUUUUUGAUUCACCAAGACAUUUUCUAAUUAUGUAAAACCAAAUCACUAAUAGAUUACACCCCCCCCCCCCCAACCGCUCCAAAAUAAAAUCGAUUCAAUCAUAAGUGACAAUCUCUGAACAAAAAAAAUAUAUAUUUUGGUCUCUUUGAUUUGGGAGAAAACGGUUCUCGAUUUGACCAAACAUUAACAUUAAUGAUAUUUGGUAGGGAGGGGCGAUGGGGGUUAGUUAUACACUAUAUUAGAAUCAUAUUAGUGGUCAAGGUUUGAGAUAAAAUCAAUUUGUAUAGCCAUAGUUUAACCACAAACUUACUGUGUUUAUAUAGCUUAUCCCAAAAGAGGACCUGUAUCGAAAUGCCGAGUCUUUCAAGAAUUUUUAAGAUGUUUUUUUUUUCAUCGUUGGGAUUGCUAGUAAGAAAUGCUUGCUUAUACGCAUUGGCAAGAGACCACCCCCGCCCCCCCCCCCCCACACACAUGUUCCCUGACGCCCGCUAAGCAUUUAAGUAAAUCCGGCGGCAAUGUAUAGGGGUACAAUCGUUACUUACAUGGUAGCUCUAUGUUUAUUUUUAUAUUGGGCAUGACAAACAUUACCAUUACUAAACUUGAAACCUUUACUUUCAAUAACAACUUCUGAUGCAAUUUAAUCAAAAUUUAGAAAUGUAGUAGAGACCAUCGAAAGUAUAAAAAACAACUGAAUCGUUAUAAAUUAAAAUUAAAUAUUAUUAGAUUUUACAAAUUCAAUAACGUUAGAAUCAAACAACAUUAGAUUUUACAAAUUCAAUAAACUUAGAAUUAAACAACAAUAAAUUUUACACAUUCAAUAAAAUUGAAAUUAAACAACAGACUUAACACUUUCCAUUUUAUUGAAAUUAAACAACAUUAGAUUUUUUUUCACAUUCAAUAAAAAUGAAAUUAAAUAACGUAAGGUUGAAACUAAACAGCAUUCGACAUGACACAUUUCAUAUCAUUCCAAUAAAAUAUCUAUUAUUAUUAUUUUACAUCAUACAACAUUCCAUUCAAUUUUUCACAUUCCAUUAUAAAUUUAAAUGAUACAACAUUACAUAUUCCAUUCAAUUUUACACAUUUCAUUAUAAAUUCAAACGAAACAUUACAUUGCAUAUUCCAUACAAUUUUACACACUUUGCAUUCAGGUUUAAACAUUCCAUUCAGUUUUACAAAUUCCAUUAUAGUAAAACCAAAUAACAUUGUACAUUCCGUUCAAUUUUACACAUUCCAUUCAAUUUUACACAUUCCAUUAUAUUAAAUCAAACAAUUGUAGACUUAACAUUUUCUGUCAUAAGCAUGAGUACAUAAACUUGUUUUUUUUUUAUGGCGGAUGGUUAUUGUUUAUCAUGUAUAUAUAAAAACAUGUUUUUGUUAUCGCAAAUUGUUAUUAUUUAUCACAUACAAGUGUAUAUAUCUAAACAUUGUUUUGCUAUAUAUAACCAUAUGAUUUUUGUUUAUCACAUAAAGUGUAUAUAUCUAAACAUUGUUUUUCUAUAUUUAACUAUAUGGCGUAUGGUCUAAUAAUAACC